AUGAAUUCAACGCCGAUGUCUCCAGUUAGCGAGAGAGACUCUCGCGCGAGGAGCCUCAGUCAUUCAGUACAAGAACUGGCUGGGAAUUCAAGUGCCCAUAAUUUGAGAUCGCGUAGUCCGCGUUUAGAACAAUUGAUAGUAUCUUCACCCAGUCAACAUUCCAACAUUCGUCGGCACUUGCGCAGCCGCGAGCGUAGUUCCAGGUCUAGUCACUUCCGCAGUCACAGACAUAGCUGCGAACCUGAUUCUGUUAGAAGCCCCGAAGGUACUCCCAAGAUUGACUUCUCGCGCAGCAACGAGAAUAGUCGCGAGUCUUACACCCUGCGCAGGCGUGAAUGUGGAGAGCAAUUUAGCUUAUGCAAUCAUGAGCGUAAUAGCGAACUGAGUAUUUUGCGCAGGCUUGAAGGUAGUCGCGAGCGCAGUCGUGAGCGCAAUCGCGAGUUAAGACGCCUGCACAGGAGCGAGCAGGGUUCUAGCUUGGGAAGACUCUACACCCGUGGUCGAUUGCACAGCCGCGAACAGAUUCGUGGACCGGACCACCUGCACGCCUACGAGCUACGCCAUUCACGUAGCCGCUCCCGUAGCCACGAAGCCGGACAUGGGUCCGUCGCGGCAGACAACCACCUGAGCAGGGAGAGGACUGAUCAGCCACAAGGAGUCCCACCAUCGGGUAUGAGUGAUUUACUUAAUAAUCCUACCUUCAAAGAUUUCGUUCCACCAUCCGGAGGAUCUGCUAGGAUUUUUAAAAGAUAUGUGUAG